CUAUUAUUAGUUUUAUGAAUUAAUGUCAAAAUCGCAGCAUGUUAUAAUUAACUAAAUUACCAAAUUACUUUAAAACUAUUUGGCACUGAGUGAGCUAAAUAGUGCCAGUAGAGUGUGUAAAGUUUUAUUUAUUUAAGAACUUCGUGACAGAAUAAAAUACCAAAGUGUUACAUAUGGUUGGACUUGUAUUUUAAGUGAGGAUUCCAAUAAUAAUACAAUAUAGAGAUUAUUGUAUUUAGAAAACGAAAAUGACUAAUUAUAUCAGAAAAAUGGUAAAUCUGAAAACACUCAAAGCAUUAAAUUUGAAAUCUGCAUAUUGCAUAAUGGGCGUAUCCCGGUUUGUGUAUAAAUCGGUCCAUCCAUUUAAGAGAUUAUUAGGCGAUUCCAGACUUUUGAGCCACAUGGAAUACGUACCGAUACCAUCAUCUCGUUUUGAAGAAGUGCUUGGCCAUCUGCGUAUGAGCUUUCCUGAUGAACCGCUUAAUGCCUCAGUUGGUCUGAGCCUGCACGGAAAACCCUGCCCUUUGUUAGAGAAGUAUGAUCUCUUAACGAUGCAGGAGGGAAUGUCGAUAAUGGCCUUAGAUACCGAAACAAAUGACAUAGCUGGUGUUCUAUUGAAUGGAGUCUCCAGAAGGGGCGAUAUAGAGAAAUCGCUAGAAAACAUGAAAACAAUUGACAGUGUGCCCUAUCACCGAAUCUUUGGUCUACUAAAUGGAGUGAAUAAGGAGGUAGAUCUUUUUACUAGGUAUAAUGUAGAAGAAAUUUUUGAGUUGAGGAUAUUGUCGGUGGAGCCUAAAUACAGAGGACGGGGUUUGGCCAAAGAACUUUUUUCUAGAAGUGAAGGUAUAGCAAGACAGCAUGGGUUAAAGCUUAUGAAAGUAGACGCUACAAGCCUUUUUACACAGAAAAUUUGCGAAGCGUUUGGAUUCGAAGCCAUAAAAUCAGUGUGUUAUGCCGACUACAAAGAUGAAAAUGGUCGGAAAAUGUACGACACCGAAUCACCCCACGAUUAUUACAAGGUUAUGGUAAAGCAAGUACUUAGCAGAAAAGAUGAUGAUUGAAGUACAAAAAUUUAAACGCUCAUCUUUAUAGAUAUGUAUUUUUUUAUGUUAAUAUAUUUUUUGUGGACCAUUACGAAA